AAUUUUAAUAACUUAUUUUCCAGGGAACUUAUAGAGGAAAUAGCAAAGUUUGAAGAAAGAGAGUUCUCUGCCACCAAAUCUACAUCACAGGUAAUAUUAACAAGUCUUUAUUUACAUGCAUGUAAAUGACACUGUCAUCUAUUUAUUCCACAACUUAAUAAUUGUAAAAUUUUUUAUUUUCUUUUCUUGCAGUCUAAGUUAUCUAAGUUGUCCCAGGCAACCAAAUUAGAGCCCUUAAAUGAAGGCAGUGGAUCAGCAUUACUUCAAAUGGUGAGUGUUUACAAUGACCCAUCAAGUAGUUCAGUCAUCAUUAUGAUAGUACAACAGUAUACUAUAAACUUAAUAUAAAUAAAUAAAUUUAAAAAAAAAAUGAGUUUUUUUUACCCUUGUCAGUAUUUGUAGCACUAAUGUUAAUGGGGCCAAGCAAAUUCCUGAAACAAAUAAUUCAUACGAAACUUAACAGGUUUAAGAAUCCCAUCUGGCUGGAGUAAAGCAGCUACCUGUUUAUAAGUGUGGCCGAGGAUUUGAACACCUGACUAUCUUGAACAAAUCUGGCUAGUGGUCAGUAAGGGACUUGAACUCGAAUAAUAAGUGCAGUGCUCUAACUUCUCUACCACACUACCUCUCUAACAUCUGUGUAAGAAUAAAGAUUGUUAACCACAAACAGUAUUGUUCUUUUUUCUUCUUAAAAAUACCAUAUUCUUAAACUCUUAGAUGUUGUGAGGGAGAUGCUUUCCCCAUAAGUUAUUUUUUUUAAGUCUUACUUUCCUUUGUUGCACAUAUCCUGCAACAAAGGAAAAAUGCGAGUGUAAGGUACUUGAACCAAAGCAUGUGCAAUAAUCAUUAUUAUCAACAUCUUAUUUAUUAAAAAAAAUAUUAAUAGUUCCAAUCCGUUUUAUCCCACACUAGUUAUGUGACAUAAUUAUCAGUAUUCUUUUCUAAACCCUCAUUAAUAAUUUACUAGUAAAACCUUCAGUAAGGUUCCUCAUUGUUUAUGAAUUAUUUAACAUUGUAAUGUUAUAAGUACUUCUAAAUAGUAAUUCUAAAAAUAGUUGGUCAUGUUUCUUGUCAUUUCUUGUUUGUUUUUAUUAAAAUUGGACUUUUUAAGAAGAUUUUUCAAGAAAAUGCAGAUAGUAAUAAUCUUUCUGAUAAAUAAGAUUAUAGUUUGAGGAAAAGAAAUGUACUAAAACGUCAUAGCUUCAGCUUUGAAAUUAUUGUUUACCUUAUGAGAAACCACAGGACCUUUAAUUGGCUGAUAUAAAUCAUUAUUAUUGUUUCUUUUUCAUUAAAGAGAAAUUAGCAUCAAAUUUGUAACUCCAUGGAAACAUUUUGUGUGUUUGGUAGUGCCAGUAUAAAUUCGAAGAAAAAAAUCAAAAGCUUCCUAAAAUUCUAUUAGUUCUUUGAAUUCACUCGGAGACCUAGGAUUGAUACUGGUUUUCUAAGUUACGACCAUGAUUCUUCUGCAAGUAUCAGAAAAAGAACUCUUAACAGAGUUGAUCCGUGAUCAGCAAAAGGUGAAUAGUUCUAUAACCUCAUUGCAUCUAUGUCAGAUGGUUUAGACAUGUAGUCAUUAUUACAAUGUAAUUCUCAUUAGUUACUUUUUUAAAACAUCUUUAUUUGUUUUACACAUGAGUUCCUUCACAAGAAAGAACUCAUUUGUUUGGGUCAUAUUUGCAUUGUUGCUUAGGUUUACAAAAUGAUCAAAUGCAAAUAGUUCUAAUCUGUAGUUAAGAUCUAGGACUAUUAAGACAUUUGUCUGUUAAAGUUAGUGUAAUGCUUUACUCUUGUAUUAUUUGGUCAUUUUCCCUCUCUGAUUUACUGGCUCACUGAUUUCUUUAAUUUCUCUCUGUGAUGUUAAAUCCUGAUCCGCAAAGAUUCUCAACACUAUUCCAGGUCCUUUUUUUCACUAAAUCUGAUAAUGAAAUCAUGCCAUAUUCCUGAACAUGCAUUUCCAAAAAAUUUCACCAGAAAUUUCACCAUUUUCGGACAUUUCCAUUGUGUGGAUUUCUCUUUAAAUUGUUUGUGGAAUAGAUUGCUAAUAGUAAAAAACUGAUAAAAUUUAAUCAAUCAACCAGCGAUUCUAAAAGGUGCCUAGUCUGUGGAUUUUUCCAAAUCUACAAGUUUGGUGUUGAAAUUUUGUAUGUAAUGGCUCCUUUGCAGAAUAAGGUCACUUGGUGCAAAAAACACCUUGCUGGAUGGCAAACGACCUAGAGGGGCAAGAAACACAAAGACAUUACAUCAUUCAAAAAGCUAACAUCCUUUCUUUUCCACUGCAGUGCCAUAUCCAGCAAGGUGUUUUUUAGUACCAUGUGACCGUAUCCUUCGAAGGACCCUCUCCUAAGAAUUCAAAGUUUUCUGGGAAUCAGUUUGAAAAUAGGGCAUUGCUACUCUGGUGCACAUGUCUCAGCUAUCCAUUGCUUUGUAAUAUGUAAAAAUUAUAUUGCAUUCUUAAGGCUGAAUACUACAGGUGUUAUGUUCUAUAUUGUGGUUUAACCCUUUCACUGCCAAAUGUGGUCAAAGGUAAGUUUUGACCAAAUUUCCAAGUUUCGUUUUCCAAAAUUGUGAGAAACAAAUAGCAUCAUGUGAAAGUAAAGGCAGAGAGCUUUCAUUUGAAUGAUCACAUCAUAGGAUUUUGUCCACAGACUCAAAAGUUAGAGUCACCUUACAAAACUCCAUCAAACACUCUGGCAGUAAAAGGGUUAAUAGUCGUAAGGGGAGCGGGAGCAAGGGUGGCGCAGUGGUGAGAGCACUCGCCUUCCACUAAUGUAGCCCUGGUUCAAAUCCCGGCAUCAAUGCCAUACAUUGUAUGUGGGUUGAGUUUGUUGCUGGUUCUCUCCUUUGCUCAAAGAGGUUUUUCUCCAGGUACUUCGGUUUUCCCCUCCCCUCACAUAAAACCAACAUUUCCAAAAUCCAAUUCAACCAGGAAUGGUAGAUAAAGAACCAGUGUCAUUAUAUUCUACUUCUAACUCGCUCUUUAUUUCAUUAUGUUAUUUCCAUAUUUAAAUGGCCUUGUACUGUACCUACAGUAUUUUACUUUUAUUUUAGUACUUUAAAUAAAAGAUAGAUACUUUUGUUGAUGUGUAUCUAUGCUGAAUUUGUUGAUUGAUGCUUUUUUUGACACAGGAAAUUAAUCGAUUAAAUGAAGAAAAUACAAAGCUUAGAGAAAGGAUGAAAACCUUGGAGGGCAAGGUGAGAUGAAAUUAAAGUUUAACUUAACUUAUUUAAAUAUUGGAACCUCAAAGUUUUACCUUGCGUGCUUGAGUAAAUUCUAAAAAGUAGUGAAAGUCAAUUUUGCCAUGAGAAAAAAAAUUAUUCUUUUACUUUUUAGGCCACAAGUGCUAUUGGAGAAAGAAGUAAACUCCAAGCAGAUCUUGAAAGUACACAAGCUGCAUUAAAAACCAAAGGAAAUGCCAAGGUACAGUAUAUCAUGAUCUAAUUAUUAGAAUACACUUGGUCCAGUGGUAAUUGCCUCCCACCAUAGUGGCCGGCUGAUGCUCAAGUCCCAAAACCAUGCUAUUGUUUGAGUUUGUUGCUGGUUCUAGUUGCUUUGGUAUGUUUUUCUCUUCUCCAAAACCACGUCCAAAUUCCAAUUUGAUCUGGAGAAUGUCUCCAAUUAUUUUGGGCCACUGGCUUUUCAGUUCCUGGGACUGUUUUGUUUUUAAAAACUAACAUAUUAUAUAUUAAGAGGAUGACUGUCAAGACAGUUCUAGAAACUGACAAGCCAGUGGCCCUAACUAAUUAGAAAGUUUUUUAUUUGCGAUAUUUUAAAAAAAAGGAUUCUUACUGGUCGAUGCUAGUUACCUACGGCUAUAUAAUUACAAUUACCUAGCUUACUCUUUAAAAAUGUUUACUAGUUGACUGUUGAUAGCCGUAUCUUUGUUCAUGUUGAUGUGAUUUUGCUUUUCAGUCUUAUGGCAAGGAAAUGGCAGAACUUGAGGAACAGAUGGCUGCAGCCAAAAUGGAUUUAAAAAGGGUAAUAAAUAUCAACAGUAUGAAUAAAUAAUGAAUAAAUAAACUUUAUUCAAUGCAUAUCUUACCAAUUCACCCAGUUGUGUGUAACCUCAAUCCUGGUGAUUCUCUGGUAAUUGUCUUCAUCAGUUUAAAUGUUGAAUGGUGACACUGAUCAGGGUUGUCACUAAGAUUUCAAGUUGCUGGGUAAAUACAACAAGUAGGUGGGGAAUCAAACAGCUAGGGGUUUUUUUUGGUUCUAUAUUACUUCUAUUUUCCUUUGAAAGUAGCCAGAGGCCUUGUUCAUAGCAGCCCAGGGAAAUCCCCGGCCCCCACCUUGUAAUGACAGCCCUGCCAAUGCACGAAUUGUCUUCAAAAUUUUGUCCAAAUACAUGAGUAAUAGUUAUUCCUUCAAACUCGCCAGAGAUAAACAUGCACACAAACAACAUAAUAAUGACCAAGGAUAAAUUUGAAAGAAAAUCUUGUGUUACUACCAGCUAGUACUCCUUACAUUUCUCAGUGUUUAGUGUGAACUUUUGUUCCAGAAUUAAAAUAGGGAGAAAACUGGAUGAUCCAAAAUAAAAUUUCUUAAAAAAUAAUAAGUCAAGCUCAUUUCUCAUUUUCACACAGUUCUGCUUUAGUCCUAUGCAUACCUGGAUCCCAAAGAAUACUUAUUUGUGUUCAAAGUUUUUUAUAGAUUUACUUUUUUUUAGUAACACUGCUAAUUUUAUUCUUUUCUGUAAGAGCCCUGGUGGCCAUUUCAAAACUUUGCUCUGUCUUUCGAAUCUUAGUGUUUCAGAUCUCAGUAGGAUUUGCCAGGACUUAAAACGUUUGCAGAAGUGCCUGUUUAAUGUUAAAAUAAAUCUGACUUGAGUUUUGAAUCUACCAUUCGCUAUUCUUUACAUUCAACAUCAUAAUAUAAAUUAUGUUUUGAGGCAAUCAUUUGUGUUCUCAUGUAAGACAAAAAAUAAAAAUAAAAUAAAGUAAAAAAAUAAAAAACAAAUAAAUAAAAAAUGAAAACUUUAAUUUACGCUAGGUCUCUCAAAAAUUGGAUUAUAAUUUGCUGCAAAUGUGAGUUGGAGCUUUCUUUUCAAAUGUGCAUGGAACAAUGUUUUUUGUUCUGUAGGCAAAAGAUAAAGGCUCAUCUCAUGCUGCAUCACUGGAAGAGGAAUUAACCAGCAGCAAGGUAUGGAUUUAUUUAUUAUUAACAUAAAGAUUGACUUUCCCAUGAAUUUGUUGUGGUUCAGUUUUAUCCUUGGUGUAAAUUUCAUUUUCCUUUGUUUUAAGCACAUCGUUAUCAUUAAUUUGUUAUCAUACCCAAAUUUAAACCAAGGAUAAUAUCUAACCUCAACCUAUUCACCAGAUUUAAAAUUCACAGUAAUAUUUCUUAGUCAUUGCACACAUUCCAGUCCUAGCGGUAUAUACAGCUAUUUUGAGAAAGGUUGUCGGAAAAAGUGCAGGCAACAAUUCCGAAAGGUAUUUUGGGUGGUUUUGAGUUCACUGUACUUCAAAGAAAUUUGCAAGAAUGGCUUGAAAGGCCAUGGACGUAUGUUUGCGAGUGCUAAAGGAAAGUAGCAAAAGUAGGCUCAACAGCUACAGCGUCAGGAACAUUGUAUUGGUCAUAUCCCAUGUUACCUUUCGGGAUUGUCGCGUGCACAUUUUUUCCCACAACCUUUCUCAAAAUAGCUGUAUGCAGGAUGUUUGCCCAAUAUUGUUCAAGGGCUGAUUAGCUCUAACCUAGGGCUAAAUUUUAAUCUGGUUUCUUUUUUCUUUUCUUUAAAAGCAUUUUCUUGGAUUUUCCCUAUUCUUUUUAGAACAUCCAAUCACCAAAUUGCAGACCAAAGGAAUUAAACUGAAUUUGCUUUUUCAGCAUCUACAUCUGAAUUCAAAUUUCGCACUAACCGUGGGUUAUCUUAACCCUGCUUUGAACAACUCCGGUUGGGGGUACUCAAAAUUUUUUCUUCCGAGAUGUUAUAUGCCUGUGUUGCUGAAUGAAAAAAAUCUCUAUGAGGCAUUUAUUAAGAGUUUUUCUGAUAAAAAUCUUGGAUCUAUGGGCUGGCACAUUAAAAUUUACAGUUCCAGAAAAAUAAUAUAAGUUAUCCUCCUCUGGCUGUUGGCUUAUUAGAAAGUGUACAGGGUGUCCCAAAAGUUCGUUCCUCUAAUUUCAUGCUCUAUAACUUUUGAUCAAAACGUUAUUUUCACAUGAAAUUUCUACAAGAUGUUUAUUUCUCUAUCGAGUAUAUGUAUUCCGAAUUUCAGUAACUGCCAUGCCCUUUUUGUUAUUUUAUCACAUUCUGUAGCCAUUGUGUCUUGAAGUGGGAUACGGUGUGUAGACCCUUAGAUGAUCCAUUUUGAGCUUUUAUAUCACCUGGUGCGCAGGAGCCAGUUCAACCCCCAAACAAUAUUGUUUAGUUUAGGCAGCUGAAAAAAACUUAUUUUGGGCGUUCAUCCAAAAAAGAUAAUCAUCCCCACCCACUUCCACAGCAAGGCUUUUGUACUUCUUUACAAAAUUGAGACGAGCUGGGCGUUACUUGGCAGACUAAGCAGAGUUUUUCUUUUGCCAUCUCAAGGGCCAUUAAAUUUAAACAUUUUAAACAAAUUUUCAUGACCCUUUCUGGACUUGGCUGGCUAACUAUGUGAGAGCUUCCUCGUUGAGUCUCCUAUUUUGUAUCUAGUCUUCUAAUUUUGAUAAAAUCGACGAAAUAAGUCCUGAAAACCAGAAGGGAAGCAAAGAACGGAAGUUUACCUCCAUUUCUCGAUGAUCAUUUUACCACCCAACAUGCGAAUUAAUUCUAUUUUUAAAGCAGUUUCUACAACAGAUAAGCCAGUAAAUCGAAGUAUACGUGCUUAUGCUCUCACGUAGCUGAACGUUUUUGGGUUAAGAGAGUUUAUCUUUCCUGAUAUUCACAAAAAACAAGGAAGGAGUUCAAGCAAUUCAGGCUAUGAAAAUAUACAAAAAAUAUGUGGCUGGAAAAUAUACUCGCGCACGGGCACCUUUGGCGCAGACUACACAAAUUGAAUAUUCAAGUCAAAAUAUGGCACCAUCAGUAUGAAAAUAGUGAAUUAGAUUGAAAGACACAACUUUUCUUCAAAUGAUUUGCUUACCAAGUCCAAUCGUACUGAAAUACAGUCUUAUAAAGUAGAGGAAUGAACUUUUGGGACACCCUGUAGUGUUUCAGACUUAAUAAGGCAUAUCUCAAAUACUGCAAGAGUUUGAGUUGAUGAAUGAUGUUGAUGAUGGUGAUAAUCAAUGUUGGUCAUUGUCAUUGGGCCGAUAUUUACUGCUAAAUCUGCUGCUAAAAAAUGAUAUUCUUUCUUGUAGCAUGAGAUCUUGAAGCUUCAGCAUGAUCUUGAAGAAGCACAAAAGGUUGGUGUUACCAGAAUUAUGAAAACAAAAAUUUAGUGAUAUCAAAUUAGUUUUGAAUGUUGAAGAAGCCUUUCUCAUAAAAUAACCUCUGUUGUUCCCAGGAUCUUACGAAGAAGUUUAAUGAAACAACUCAAUACAAGAAUAUGAAGCAGAUGUUAACAUCAAAGAAUGACCAGAUAAAAGACUUGCGUGGGCGAUUACGAAAGUGA